AUGCACGCAUUUCUCUCCUUCCAUAUCUCCCAGGUAAUCAGCAGCAUCAUCGACUUGAAACCCUUUCAAAAACUUGGUGGUGUAAGAGCAGUUAGCCUUUGCCAGUGCCUGAGGGAGUUGAGAUGUGUUUCCCGCUUCUCCUUCAGUGCUACACAGCUGGACCUAGAGGACGCCAUCUGCCAGAUCGAGGAGGAAAAGGGGCAGUCCCAAAAGAGGUUUCGGAAUUCACGGCACAGUGUCGCGGACCCGAGCCAGGUGCUUGUCCAGAAACUUGCAGUUUUUUGGUUGCCUAGCUGCACUGAAGUAGCGCUUGCAAACAACUCACGGUCCUCCUGGUCACAUGGAGCUGGGAGGUUCAUCCACGUCCGCCGCGGCUGUUGCCAUGUGAGCCAGAGCCAUCUCAUCCCCAGAGCCGUGCUCAAUCGAGGGAGGUCCACUUCUAAGUUAGGAGUCAAAGAGUUCUUACCACCGUACAUUGGAGAUGAUCUUGAACUAAGUGACCUACUUACUGGUGUCGCAUUUGCCUCUGGAGGCAGUGGAUAUGAUCCCUUAACUUCGAUACCCGCGACUGCUACUUCAAGUACCGGGCAACUUGAAUUAUUUCUUGAAUAUAAGGAUAAGCUAAUAACUUUAGUCGGGGAGGAGGAAGCGACACGUGUUAUCUCUGAAGGCAUUUACUUUACUGCCAUGGGAGCAAAUGACAUUGCAAAUAAUUAUUUUUCAAUUCUGCUAAGGCGCCAUCAAUAUGAUCUUCCUUCUUAUGUGAAAUUUCUUAUCUCUUCCGCAGUCAAUUUUACUAUGGAAUUAAAUGAUAUUGGUGCAAAGAGGAUUGGUUUCUUCGGAAUUCCGCCAAUUGGAUGUUGUCCAUCCGAAAGAAAACAUGGAUCAAGAGAAUGUGACACACUUCAGAAUCAAGCAGCAGAAUUAUUCAAUUCUAGAAUAGAAAAGGAAAUUGAGAGAUUAAAUGCAGAACGAAAUGUUCAUGAUUCAAGGUUUGCUUAUCUUGAUAUAUACUACAAUCUGCUUGAUCUCAUUCAACAACAUGAUUUUUAUGGUUUCCAGGAGGUAACUGAGGGGUGUUGUGGCAGCAAUGUGCUAAAUGCGGCAAUAUUCAUUCAAUACCACCCUGCAUGUCCAAACGCUUAUGACUAUAUUUUUUGGGAUAGUUUUCAUUGUACCGAAAAGGCGUACAACAUUGUGAUUGAUGAGAUCUUCCAUGAAAACCUACACUACCUAAUGUGA